GAGGGUGGCCGCGCAGAGGCGCUCGACAGGAACGGCGGGACUGGGCGGCGGAGGCGCUCCCGCCCCUCCCGCCAUGAGCAGCAGCGGGGGCCCCGCGCCGCGGCUGUGCCGCCUGGAGCGGGGGCCGGACGGCUACGGCUUCCACCUGCACGGCGAGAAGGGCAAACCGGGCCAGUUCAUCCGGCUGGUGGAGGCGGGGUCACCGGCCGAGCGCUCGGGGCUGCGGGCCGGGGACCGGCUGCUGGAGGUGGAUGGCGAGAACGUGGAGCGGGAGAGCCAUCAGCAGGUGGUGGAGCGCAUCCGCGCCGCCGCCGGGGCCGUCAGCCUCCUCGUCGUGGAGCCGGUGGCCGACGAGCAGCUGCAGAAGCGGGGCGGGUCGGUUACUGAGCCCCCCGUGGGCGGCGGACAGGCGGCCCCGGAGGCGGCGGAGCCUCGGGAGCCCAGCGGCGACGGACAGCGGGAGGAGCUGCGGCCCCGGCUGUGCUGCAUGAAGAAGGGUCCCAAUGGCUUCGGCUUCAACCUGCACAGUGACAAGAACCGCCCGGGGCAGUAUGUGCGCGCCGUCGACCCCGACUCACCAGCCGAGGCAGCGGGGCUGGCCCCCCAGGACCGCAUCAUCGAGGUGAAUGGCGUGUGCAUGGAGGGCAAGCAGCACGCUGACGUGGUGGCCGCCAUCAAGGCGGGCGGUGACGAGACCAGGCUGCUGGUGGUGGAUGUCCUCACGGAUGAGUUCUUCAAGAAGUGCAAGGUGGUGCCCUCGGAGGAGCACCUGGCAGGUCCUUUGCCAGAACCAGUUGCCAAUGGUGAUAUAGGGAAGGAAAACGGUGGAGAGCCGCGGUCCAACUCGGUGUCUGAGAGCCCGUCCAGCCCCGGGCCACUGGCCGUGUCCCCCAACUCCAGUGAGACGCACAGCGAGGAGGGUGACAAACGUCAUUCGGCACCUGGCUCCCUCCUGGACCUGGACAUCCCGCUGGCAGUGGCCAAGGAGCGGGCGCACCAGAAGCGCACCAGCAAGCGGGCACCCCAGAUGGACUGGAGCAAGAAAAACGAACUGUUCAGCAACCUGUGAAGGGCCCAGGGUGGGGGGCGAGGGUCUGCUGUGGCCCCCCCAACCUCACACCCACCUCUCCUACAUCCUCCUCCCUACCACAGGCUCCUGACAAGGAUGUGGGGCUGCUCCCCUGACCCAAGGGAGGGGGCUUGGUGGGCAGUGGGGUCCUGGGCACUGGUUUUAGGUUAGAGAGAGUGGGGGGUGGUGCUGGGAGGCUGCCCCCUCCUGUGGGCCCAUCCCUGGGAUGCUCCUCUCUUCCUGCCCACCCCUAUAGGCACAAGCAGGGGUUUGGGGGGGACCAGGGAUUUGGGGGAUCUGAUGCCCAACACUUCUGAUCCUUCCUGUUGCUUGAUUAUUCUUACACCCCAAACCCCAUCUCCAUUUGAGCCCCCCCCAAAUUGCCCUUUAACAGCAAAACCUGAGGCUUUUAGUGACUUUUAGCAAACCCCACCUACCCCCCCCCCCCCCAAUAAUUCCUCCCCAGGGUGUUUGAUCCCACAAGCUCCGUCCACGAUGGCCCUGUCCCCUCACCCCUGGGUGCAAGGAGGGGGGAUAUGGGUGCCCAGCAUGGCGGGGAGCCCCCAGCACCCUGUCCCCAGGGCUAUUUUGGGAGAGGGAGAGGGUGUUCGGAGCCAGCGCAGCAAGCAAUAAUUAUCUCCUUUCCGCCUGCUCUUGGAGACAGAGCUGAUCAGGGUUUGAAUCCAACACUGUUUAAUUUAAAGGCUUCUCAAUAGACUCUGGGUUUUAUUUUCCAAAAUAAGUUUUCCAAUCACACUGUUUAUUUUUUUUUUUAAAUGUAUUUCGUGGAAAUUCUUCCUGUGGAUGUUUUGUUUCUGUGUUUUGCGAUCGGGUGUUGUUGUACUGUCCAGCUCAAGAGAAAUUCUGUUUACUGGAAUAAACCUUCCUGACUUCA